AUAGCAAUCAUGGAGUCAGAACUGGUUUCAUUCUCUGCCAUCUCUGCUUGUUUCUUCUUCUUCUUCUUCUUGUUCAUAGCAACCCGCACACUUCGCAGAUCAAAAACAAAGACCUCAAAUGCCAAAUUGCCUCCAGGACCCAGAAAGUUUCCUCUGAUAGGCAAUAUCCACCAGCUAGGAUCUCCUCCCCAUCGUUCUCUGGCCAAAUUGGCAUCCCAAUAUGGCCCUCUCAUGCACCUCAAGCUUGGUGAGCUUUCGUGCAUAGUAAUUUCUUCCCCAGAAAUGGCCAAAGAGAUUAUGAAAACCCAUGACUUAAUUUUUGCAAAUAGGCCUCCUCUUCUAGCUGCACAAAUCAUAGGUUAUGGCUCCAAAGGCAUGACUUUUAGUCCCUAUGGGUCUUAUUGGAGACAAAUGAGGAGGAUUUGUACUACUGAGCUUCUAGCACCAAAGAGAGUUGCAUCUUUCACGUCAAUUAGAGAGAAGGAAUUGUCAAAUCUUGUGCAGGAGAUAAAAAACAGUGAAGGGGCGGUCAUCAAUCUGAAUGAGAAGAUUAGUUCAUUGGCUUAUGGGUUGAUUUCAAUGGCUGCUUUUGGUAGGAAAUCUGAAGAUCAAGAAGCUUAUAGUAAUAUGAUGAAGGAUGCGUCAAAGGCAGCUUCUGGGUUCUCUAUUUCUGAUAUCUUCCCUUCCAUUGGAUUUCUUCAAGGUCUUACUGGGUUCAGGGCUAAGCUUGAGAGGCUUCAUAAGGGAAUGGAUAGGAUACUUGAGAAUAUUGUCAGAGACCAUAGAAACAAAGAAGUUGGUGAAGGAAAAGAAGAUCUUGUUGAUGUUCUUUUGAGGCUUCAGAAGCAAAGCGACCUUGACCAUCCACUGUCUAACACUGUGAUCAAAGCAACCAUUCUGGACAUCUUUAGUGCUGGAAGUAACACAACACUCAAAACAAUAGACUGGGCAAUGGCAGAACUAAUGAAAAAUCCCAGGAUCAUGGAAAAAGCACAGUCUGAGGUAAGAAAAGUGUAUGGUAGAAAAGGGUAUGUGGAUGAAGCAAGUACUGAUGAACUGAAAUACCUAAAAGCUGUCAUCAAAGAAACCUUGAGGCUUCAUGCUCCUGCCCCUCUAUUACUUCCAAGAGAAUGCAGUGAAAGAUGUGAGAUUAAUGGAUUUGAAAUACCUGCAAAAAGUAAAGUCAUUGUGAACGCUUGGGCAAUUGGGAGGGACCCAAACUAUUGGGUUGAAGCAGAGAGAUUUUACCCAGAAAGGUUUCUUGAGAGCUCAGUGAAUUACAAAGGAUCGGAUUUUGAGUUCAUCCCGUUUGGUGCAGGAAGAAGAAUUUGCCCAGGAAUGGCAUUUGCUACUGCUAGUGUUGAACUCUCUCUUGCAAAUUUGCUUUUUCAUUUUGAUUGGAAGUUGCCUGAUGACACUAAGCCUGAAGAUCUUGACAUGUCUGAAUCCUUUGGCUUGUCAGUGAAAAGAAAGCAAGAUUUGUUGUUGAUUCCAAUAACUCAUCAACCUUAUGCUACAUAAGCUUACUGUUAUUGGAGAUUUUAAGACGAGACAUGCCUAAACAACUACUUCUCUGGUCUUAAAUGUAAGAUUCAU